AUGGUUCGCUCUCUGCUCACAUUGGCAUUUGCCAACCUUGCCUUAGCUGCAACUGUCACCUACAACUGGGAGGCCACGUGGGUCAACACCAACGCUGGAAAGAACGUCACGAGACCAGUCAUUGGUAUCAACGGACAAUGGCCCUGCCCGAAGAUCGAGGCCAAUGUCGGCGAUACCAUCAUCGUCCACCUCACCAACAAGCUUGGUAACCAGACGACUGGUAUUCACUUCCACGGCAUCAACCAGAUCAGCACCAACUGGAUGGAUGGCCCCAGCAUGGUCACCCAAUGCCCAUUGCCCCCCGACUCGUCCAUGACGUACUCCUUCACUGCUGAUGAGGGUGGCACUUACUGGUGGCAUUCCCACAACAUGGGCCAGUACCCCGAUGGAAUGCGCGGCGCCUUGAUCAUCCACGACCCCAAAGAUCCGUAUGCUGGAAAGUACGACGAGGAGUACCUCUUGACGGUAUCUGACUGGUACUUCGACCAGAGCAUUCCCCUCGUGCAGAAGAUGCUUCAGCCAAGCAAUGUACACUUCCAGCCUCCUGUCCCUAAUGGAAUUGUCGUCAACGAUGGUGCCUCUGCCAACUACAAGUUCGAGAAGGGCAAGACAUACCGCUUCCGUGUCAUCAACUUCUCCGCCUUCGCCUCAUUCAUGUUGCACUUCGACUCCCACGACAUGAACCUCAUCAUGAUGGAUUCGGCAUACAUCAAGGAGAAGCUCACCUACCAGAUCCGCAUAACCCCUGCUCAGCGCUACGAUAUUCUGAUCAAGUGCGGCGACCGGGAUAACAGGAACUACGGCUUCCUCAUGUCCGCCGACGUCAACCGUGACUGGACCAACAAGGACCUCGGUAUCCAAUGGCCCUUCAACGCCACAGGCCAACUGGUCAUGAACCAGAACCAGCAAUUCGGCAAAGAUUCAGUCGCGGAGUGGAAGCCUUCUGAUGAUUCCGUCUACGAGCCCUACAACGACGAGGCCAUUCUCCCCCCCUCCACCAAGACCAUCCAGUUCGACUGGAAGUUCUGCACCGACGCCAACGGUAUCCCUCGUGCCUGCGUCAACGGUUCCCCGUACGUCGACCAGAAGGUGCCUACUCUGUACACCGUUGCCUCUGCCGGCGAGAACAACAACAACACUGCGGUGUACGGCGCUGUCCACCCCUUCAUCGUCAGCUACGGCGAGAUUGUCGACAUCGUUGUCAACAACAAGGAUGACGCCGCCCACCCCUUCCACCUCCACGGACAUCACUUCCAGGUCCUCAAGCGCCCGGCCUCCGGCACUGGCGACUGGCCCGGCGCUGACCGCGCUCGCCUGAACCAGAAGCCUCCUCGUCGUGAUACCGUCACCGUCAUGGGUAACUCGUAUGCUGUGCUGCGUUUCGAGGCGACCAACCCCGGUGUCUACCUUUUCCACUGCCACAUCGAGUGGCACGUCGAGAUGGGUCUGACCGCCACCAUCAUUGAGGCUCCCGAGAUGCUCCGCAACCUCACCGUUCCUCAGGACCACCGUGACGCCUGUGCCAAGCAGAACAUCCCCAUCGAGGGCAACGCUGCCGGCAACAUGAAGGACCUCCUCGACCAGACUGGCUUCAACAACGCUCCUCCCGUCCAGUACAUUGGUUCCACCUACGUCCCCGCUUCCGGCGCCCCUGCCGGUGCCCCGGGUAAGGUCCGCCGCUCCCGCGCCGUCCGCCAGACCCUCCACGCCUAA